AUGUCACUUCCUUCGUCACGGCCUGAGCUCAGUCAGGCUGCCCGGGUCGGAGUCGUCAGUCGUGGAUUCCACCGUGUUUGCCGUCGCAGAGGAGAUGGUAAAAUCUUGCGCCCGCAGCCCGCCCCGCCGGCAACUGCCGACCCGGAUGUCUUGGCACGUCCAACCUCCCUCGCGACUUCCAAACAAGGCUGUCAAAGCGUCGAGCUCGCAUCUCCCUCAAUCGCUUCAUACAAUAAUGAGAGUGUAGACAUCUUCAUCUCUAUUCCCCCGAACGAGUAUUCCAAAGGUAUACACGCAGCUCCAAUCAAUGACAGUGACAUGCGCGGCAUCAGCGGCAAACGAAUGCCUAGAACCAUUCGUGGAGCCGAACCUCCUGAAAGCGGGCCAGAUAGUGACAGAGUGAGUAGGCCUGUGGGCAUGAGCACGAGCUGUUCAGAGCCCUUCUUCGCGUCCACACUCAUUCUUCGACAUCAACCAACUCACGACUACGACACAAUCAGACCUUCGGACAUCAACCCGAUCUCCGCCUCUUACAAUCAUCCAGAUCAUACAGCGGCACUACAUUUGACAGCUCGCUUGCCUGACCAUCUGCUGCACCAGCGAUUGCGAUCAUUUCAAUCUUGCGCCAGCUGA